CUCGCAGCACAGAUCUGCAUUUGCAGUGGUAGAAGCAGGAGUAGCAGUGUGACGGGUCACCGGGUUGCGCAGUACCUGUAAUAUACGGUGCACACUUCAGCCUGCUCUUUCCUGGCUUCACCACCUUGAAAUCCCUGCACAAAAAUCAAAGAUGGAGAAGAUGUCGAGGGUCUUACCGCUCAACCCAACUUUUAUGCCUCCAACGUACGGGGUGCUGAAAUCUCUGCUGGAGAACCCUCUAAAACUACCGCUACAUCACGAAGAUGCCUUCUAUAAAGAAAAAGACAAAGAGAAGAAACUUGAAGAUGAAACCACAGGUUCAACUGUCCCACAGUCGGCUUUCUUGGGGCCAACGCUCUGGGACAAGACCUUGCCAUAUGAUGGAGAUACCUUCCAGCUGGAAUACAUGGACCUGGAAGAGUUUCUCUCAGAAAAUGGUAUUCCACCAAGUCAGUCCUCGCAUGACCUGAGUUCCCAUCAGCCUAACCUUCAACAAACUCCGGUGACAUCACCCUCUGUCAUUGAUCUGAGCAGUCGAGCAUCCACAUCUGUCUUACCAGGAUUGGUUCCCCAAAACUGUAUGCACAGUCCAGUAAGACCUUGUCAGAUUUUGCCUGCAAACCGCAACACGCCAAGUCCAAUAGAUCCAGAAACUAUCCAAGUGGCAGUAGGAUAUGAGCCAGACCCAGCUGAUCUUGCUCUGUCAACCAUCCCAGGUCAAGAGAUGUUUGACCCCAGGAAACGCAAGUUUUCCGAAGAAGAGCUAAAGCCUCAGCCAAUGAUUAAGAAGGCCCGUAAGGUCUUCACACCAGAAGAUCUGAAGCAGGAUGAAAAAUACUGGGCAAGGCGUAAAAAGAACAAUAUGGCUGCCAAGAGGUCAAGAGAUGCACGCAGGCUAAAAGAAAACCAGAUUGCCAUCCGAGCCUCGUUCCUCGAGAAGGAGAAUUCCGCCUUACGGCUGGAGGUUGCCGACCUCAGAAAAGAGCUGGGCAAAUGCAAAAACAUUUUGGCAAAGUAUGAAGCCCAUCAUGGGCCUGUGUAAGGGACUGACCGGCUAUGGAUGACACAUGGACACCUUUAUUCCUGCCGAGUAGCACUAAACACAUACCAACCUACUUCUGUCAUCAGCACUUUACUGGAAGAUGAAAAAGACUUGCAAUGUCUCUUUUUUACCAUUAUUUGUUUAGUUUUUCUUUUAUUUCUAUUUGUUUUUUGACCUUCGCAUAUUCCAUACUCUCAAGCGCUUUAUAAAGGGGUAAAGCUUACCUUGACAAUGUCAAAACCUGCUGUAGCAAAUGUUUUCCCAGUACCCUCACCAUCUGCUCUGGAUUUAAACCACGGUGGAACACGAAAAUCUUGGAGCAAGAAGGACUUACUAUUAACAUCAAGAGUGACCUAGACUACUACACAAGACAUUUUUUUUUUCAGUGAAUUAGUUUUCCUUGCCAUAAUCCCUAGAUGUCAACAAAUCUGUACAUAUGUGUGAUUUUACUGAGAAGUAUUCUGUUGUGUAUUACCAUUGUUUAAUAAGAACAUUCACCGUGACGUUAUUUCCAUUAUUUAACUUUUAUAACCGAUUUGGGGUUUUGGUUAAACUUUGAGAGAUCGUUAGGUCUCACAGGAGCUUAUGAUCAUCAUUACAUUUUCCAUAUGCUUAAAGCAAUAAUCUUUACUGGCCAAAUCUCAAUUUACUUAAAUUAUACAGGCUAGAAAUUAAGUGGUUGCAAGUGACGUCGUGUCCUAAUACCAUUCAGUAGCUUCUCUAUUCCUUACUUCUAAAAUAUCUCAACUGAAAAGGUAAACAUUCAAAAAUGAAUGCUAUUCAUAUGGCAUAUGUAAAAAAAACAUAUCAAACAUGCACAACAACCAUAAGAGGUUUCCCUUCAUGAUGCACAUCCUCAGUUUCUCCACAUCAACAGUCUAGUUAAAGAGUUGACUGCUUUUUAAAAUACAUUUUUACUAGGGAGAACCCCCCAAAAUAAUCAAUUAAGUAUACUCCGGGAACAACCAGUGAUCAGUUAUGAUCAGGGAGAGAAUUCAGCAACAAGUCUUCAAUUUCCCUGAAGCACCACCACAGGCCAAAUGAAGUAUUACAUUGUGCCGCCAUAAAUCAAUACACUGUGUAAUACCUGGACAUGAGGGGUCCUCCUAAGAGAACAAAGCUCUUGGUAACAGUUCUCUACAUGGCUUAUUUUAUGGACAUCUCAAACGGAUGAUUGUCACCUCUUUUCACAUAGAAUGCCAUAAUAGGGAUUGUUUUUCUAAACUCAAGUACCCCAUUAUUUUUCACAAUUUUAAGCACCUAAAUUCUAAUUUCUACACUGUCUCCAGAGUAAGACAUUUCUAAAUUUCCUAUAGAAUUAUAUGAUAGUAGUACAAAACCAUUCAAAGCAUAGCCUAAUAUUAUCUGACCGAAAAAAGUUACAACUGUAAGAAACAUUCCUUUUCCACCUUUCACAAAGCCUUUUUCGUACUGCAUUUCACAAUUGUACAGUUUUCACUUUUGUAAAAAAACACUGUGAUUUUAGUGUUUUCGGACUCUUUGUAUUUUUUUGGUGAUAUCAUUUUAAAUCUGGUAGCUGUGAAAUGGAUAUGACUUGCAGAAACUUAUUUAUUAUGUCAAUGGAAAGAAAAGCAAACUUGUGCCCUGUGUGUUGUAAAUUUUUGUUUUAUGAUGGAGUUUCGUAUUUAUGACAUUAUAAUAACAUAUAUGACAGGAAUAUAAAAUAAUGAUAUUCCUUUACAUGGUGAUGCCAUUUUUGGUGACUCUACAGUUGUGUUUGGAAGAUCAAUUAGGUUUAGAUAACAGGGCAUAUCCAAAUUGCUAGGAAAUUACAUAGUAAUUAAUACUUUGGGAGGUCAGUUCCUCAUGGGAGGUGCCAAUCUGCACAGGGCUUAAACUCUCCCCAGAGAUGCAGCCAUGAUAACAAAAAAAAGCGAAACUGUCCUUAGGCUAUGUUAUCCUUUUCGAUAUGAGUUGUAUAGUGAAAUGGCCCUAUUAUGGGGCCCCUUCUCCUUAAUCCCAUAUUAUGGAUUUUCCAAAAACACAGAGGGAAUAUCCUUCAUUUUGCUUUAUUAUACAGUCAACAUACACCUAGCCUCAGUUUGCUUUUCUGAACGAAUGAAUGUAAAAGAGGCAUGUAAUAUAAGGAAGGUCAUAGUGUUGUCUUAUAUGGUGGUUCAUCUGAAUAAUUUGGUGUUUUUCAGCAGAUCUUUGUAAGAUUUAUAUUAUUCAAAUG